UGGAACAAAACCGCCGCGUCCAUUUCGAGAGAUAGCAACGAACCAAAGCUAGCGAUCAAAUAGUAUCUCGAGCUUCGCAAACUCGAUAACUGCCCAAAACCUAAACCACGGUCCCAAGAAGCCAGCGCUCAAUCUGGUACUUUCCUUCAGCAUGAGUAUCACGUUCAAAACACCUGAUUACGGUAAAAACCGAGGCUCUAAACCGAAAAGGCGGGAACUUGGCGAAGAGCAGAGACAAGAAAUCAAGGAAGCGUUCAACUUGUUCGAUACAGAUAAGGACCAAGCGAUAGAUUACCACGAAUUGAAGGUUGCAAUGAGAGCACUUGGAUUUGAUGUAAAAAAAGCUGAUGUUCUGAAGAUCAUGAAGGACUACGACAGAGAAUCCACAGGGAAGAUUUCCUUUGAUGAUUUCAAUGAAGUCAUGACAGAUUGGAUGCUGGACCGUGAUCCCCAAGAGGAGGUUUUCAAGGCGUUUAGAUUAUUUGAUGAUGACGACAGUGGUAAAAUCAGCCUAAGAAACUUGCGUCGGGUUGCUCGUGAACUUGGAGAGAAUAUGACAGAUGAGGAGCUCCGAGCAAUGAUUGAUGAGUUUGACAAAGAUGGUGAUGGUGAAAUUAAUGAAGACGAGUUCCUUGCCAUCAUGACAGGAGACACUUAGGUGAUCAUAGUUGAUUGCUUGUACUUAGACCAGAGUUAGAAUUUUCAUAUCUGCUUUGGAGUUUCCUGCUAUUUAUGUUUGAUAUCUAAUAUUCAAAAGAUGUCACAUAUCUGUAUAGUAUCUGGUGAUAACUUCAUGCAGGAAGUUCUAUGUAUAAACUGCUCUUUGUGAAGCCAUACGUUUUUUCUAUAUCACUAAAAUAACUUUUUAUUAGAAACGGGAUUUCCUAAGAGAAAGGUUAUUGGAAUUCACAAAACACUGGUUCUUGACUAAACCGUCAGAUUACGGAAAAUAAUGCUUUUUAUUUACAAUUAUUGUGUAUUGCGACUAGAAUAACCACUUUUUCUUUGAUUACUGUAUAGUCAAGCCCUAAGUCGAUUAUCUUCAACAGAUGGUCUCUUUUGUACAUAAUCUUAAUUGCGCCAUCUUUGUUUAUCCAUAAUUGUAUAGCAGGAUAUAACAUGUGAAACAGGAAAAUAGUUUAGAUAUAAAGAUACAUAAAUGGACAUUUAUUGACUCAAUCAUCCUAAUAGUUAUUAUAACAUCUUUUUAAUCUUUUAUCGAUCUUUUAUCGAGUUCUUGCUGAAUGUUUCUAACAGUUUACUUAGCCGUGUAUUGUCUCUGAUAUUUAGCCUGGAAGAACAAGAGAAAAGCAAGUUUGCUAAAAGGAUACUGAUGUUCUUUAUACUGUAUAUUAUAAAUAUGUUGCAUAAAAUCUAACGCUUUAUGUUGAAUGUUCAUCCUCGUACUAAACAGAUGUUUAUAUCGAUUGGACGAAAUGAGAACGUCUCUGAGAAAAAUUUUUCCACUAAGUAGAUAAAAGAAAUUCACUGUAGACUUUACUGCAUUCCUGAUAACUGAUAUCAAAUCAUAAAGCUUUGAUAAUAUAUAUUUUUUGUGUGAAAAUCACUCAAAUAAAACCGAUUUUUUUGUAUUAUUUCAUAAAUGAUACUAUACUGUAGUAUUUCUAGAGUUUAUUAGAAUAGGAGAAAUGAUUCAUUAAAGCAGUACCCUUCUACUUGA